GCCGACUUCGACACGAUGCAUGAGACCUGCUGCUCCAAGGGCUAUGCUGUUUGGUGCAGUCAGACGCCUCCGACUCCGACGCAAACGGUGAUUCAUGACCAGUACUUCACCAACGUGAAGGACGUGAAGGUGCCCCACACUGUGACUGUGCCUAUCCCUCCUCCUCCACGCAAAGUGAUCACGCACACGGUUCACGUGCACACUCAUGCCUUCGAUUGCGAUGGAGAUGCGAGUGGCGACAUGAGCAUGUGGAGCUCGGAGAAGAAGCGCUACUGCUGCUACUUGCGCGGGAUCACUUGCCACACCAAGGUGACCUAUCGGCCUCACUACCACACCAUCACUCACAUCAAGCAUGUCACAGUCCCAGUCCAUGUGCCCAUCCCGGCACCACCGCCCCAAGUGAUCAACCACGUGGUGAACGACCCGAUUCACGACCCUCCACAGGUCAUCAAAGUGCCUGUUCCUGGACAGCCUACCUACGUCCCUAAGUAUGUUCACCAGAAGCAUUACGUGCCCGUGCGAGAGCCAAGCCCACCUCAAUACCACAACGUGCCUGUGCCGGUUCCUAUCAAGGACCCCGGACAGGUGAUCAAGGUGCCAGUGCCUUUGCCACCCCAAACCGUUGUGAAGAACAAGGUGAUCUACAAGACUCGCCAUGUGAAGGUGCAGCACAUCUACGACUGCAAAGCCGGCUUCAACAACUGGAAUUCCGGUUGGUCUUCAGCCAAGAAAAGCUGGUGCUGCUCCCAUGAGAGUCGAGGAUGCCCAGGCGACCAUUCGGGAAGCCUUACGAAGACCUAUGUCACACACGUGACGGAGGGCCGUCCUCACACCGUAUACCACACCCACCAUUACGUGACCCACCAUGUGUCCCAUGAGUAUGUGCCCACACACGUUGUCCACCACUGGGGUGGUUCGGGCCAUUUCGGUGGUGACAGCUAUGGAUCUGGAUCUGGAGCGACCACUGUUGUCCAUCACUACUCUGGCUCCGGCUCCUCUGGCUCCUCUGGCUCCUGGGGUGGUUCCAGUGGCGGAAGCUCCCAUUCCUUUGGCGGCUCCGGGUCUUUCAGCGGAUCCCACUCCAUCGGAGGCUCGGGGUCUUUCUCCCACAGCUUUUCGAUGAGCUCCAGCUCCGACGGGGGGCACGCACGUCGAUUGCAAGAGAUUGAGAAUGGAGAGGUCGAUGGUGGAGACAGCACCAUUGAGGGUGGAGACAGCACCAUUGAGGGUGGAGACAGUAGCAUUGGAGGUGAGGCCAUUGAGGGUGGAGACAGCACCAUUGAGGGUGGAGACAGCACCGUUGAAGGUGAGGCCAUCGAGGGUGGAGACAGCACCAUUGAGGGUGGAGAGGGUACCAUUGGAGGUGAGGCGAGGCCAUUGAGGGUGGAGACAGUAGCAUUGGAGGUGAGACCAUUGGUGGGGGAGAUGCUGGCGAAGGUGAGUUUGUCGGAGGUGGUGACAGCUCAGUUGGAGGUGGGAUCAUUGAUGGAGACAAUGGAUAUCCGCCAUAUGUUGGAGAUGGCGGCAGUGCCACCGUUGAUGGUGGCGACAGUGGCCUCGGAGGCGAAUUUGUUGAAAAUGGCGGCGGUCUUGGAGGUGAGACGAUUGGCGAUGGCAGCAGCGGCAUUGGAGGAGGGUACUUUCGUUAGCAUGACAUACCCUCAUGAUGCUUGGGUGAAUGGCCAUUACGGUCACUACGACCAUUCUGGCUCUUGGAUCGAAGUCCAUCAUGUCGGUGGACAUUAUCAUGUCCAUGGACAUUACCAUCCAGUUGAUGCUACUCAUUAUGCAACUGAGCAUGCCGUCGCGGCAGUGCAUCCGGAGCACGUCAUUGAGAAGAACUUCUACGAAGUACGCACCAAGACCCAUGUCAUCCACGAUCCGGUGACAAUCCCAGGAAAGGUCAUCCACAAGCAAGUGACACUUCCAGCCAAGGCAGUCUAUAACUGCAUGGAAGGCUUCCACGACUGGCACCACCUUUGGACCGAGGACCAGCAGAAGUACUGUUGUUACAAGGUUAGCCGUGGAUGCACGACGAAGAUCGUAAAGCACUUGCGUUACCACACCGUCGUGCAGAACCACAACAUCCCAGUGCCAGUGCCGAAGCCUGUCCCAGUCCAUUUGCCACCUCCUCCACCACAGGUGAUCAAGGUGCCAGUGCAUUUGCCACCUCCUCCUCGUCAGGUGGUGAAGGUGCCUUACCCAGUGCGAGAGCCAGCUCCCGAGCCAAAGGUCAUCACGAAGGUGAAGUACUUCAAGAAGCCCGUGCCAGUGCCUGUGGUGGUGCACAAGACUGAGAAGAUCCCGGUUCCAGUGAAGAGGACAAAGUACGUGAAGGUGCCAAUCCCGGAGCCAAGCCCCCCUCACAUCGUUUACCACACCAAGAAGAUCGUGUCCCAUGCCUACGAUUGCGAUGAGGGAGUGCACACCUGGCACGACACUUGGUCCCACUCCAAGCGUCUCUAUUGCUGCUGGAGGAGGAGCAUCGGAUGCCCACACUCGCACACAAUCUACCACACGCACACAGUCUACCACACGAAAGUCGUGCCAAAGAAGGUGGUGAUGCCACCCAAGAUCAUCUACAAGGAUGUCACGGUGCAUCAUACCAUUGACAUUGACUGCAACAGUGGAUACUCCAACUGGUACUACGGCUGGUCCAACUACAAGAAGCAUUACUGCUGCUCUCAUGAGAAGAGAGGAUGCCCUGGAACUUGGAAGGGCUUUGCACACGGACACAUUCACGUCACAGUGCAGAAGGGCGUUGGCACUGCAACUGGCAAGAUCUACGACUGCCAGGCUGGCUUCAACAACUGGUUGCAUGGAUGGUCAGACUCCAAGAAGAAGUGGUGCUGCGGCAAGGAGCAGAAGGGCUGUGUGAAGUUCCACUGUGACCACGAUGCGGUGAGCACUUGGGGGGCCGAGAAGCGAGAUUGGUGCUGCGGCAACUUCCAGAAAGGCUGUGCGGCCACCACCCUUUCUCCUUUGGGCUGCGACACUCCUUGCCACCAUGCGGGCGAAUCCUCUACAUGCAAGGAUCGGCGUAUUGAGUGGGCAAGCCACCAUGUCUUUUCAGGCAAGGGCAACGCGUGUGAGUUGGCCUACAGCCAGAUUCAGGUGGAGUGCGAUGUGUGCCGUUCCUGUACCGUCCAGGCGGCCGGAUGCGAGGUGCAUGCUGUGGCAAAGGAUCCCUAUGACUGUGAUGCUGCCCUGAACAACUUCUUCCGAGCUUGGUCUCCUCCGAAGAAGCAGUGGUGCUGUAACAACCGUGGAAAGGGCUGCGAAGGCAACAGCCCUCCCAAGGUCCUUAGCGAACUGGUGCUGACAUUUUUUCAGGUCAAGGCUUCUCCAGUUCAGAGUGGGGUCGCUGCCAUGGCUCGCUUUUCUUCCCGUGCACGUGGGCGCAUGGGCACCGUGGCCCUGGCCGCCGCGGCGUGGUGUGGCACUUGGUGCUUCGUCUCGGCGCCGGAGAAGGCACCGCAUGCGUCCCUGCGCCCCGAGAUCGCCGCCGCAACGGCGGCGGCGGCCUUGAUGCCCAGUGAGGCCUGGGCAAAGGGUGGUCAGUGGGGGCCACUCGAAGGUUUGAUCCAUCCGAUCAUCAUGCCCUGCAUUUUCUUCGCCACCUUGUACACUGGCUUUUUGGGUUGGCAGUGGCGCCAAACCCGCACCUUGGGCGCGGAUCUCUCGGCUUUGCGGAAAAAGCUGCCCAAGGAUGAAGACCCGGAGAAGGAGUCCAGUGCAACAAAGUCCUUGAAGGAGGAAAUUAGCCGAUUGGACGCGGAGAGGAAAGAAAUGGUGCAAGCAGGCUACAAGGACAAGCACCACACCCUUAGCUCCUUUAUCCUUGGCGGCGGGAUCUUUUUCACGUGCUAUGGAACCUUCAACACUUGGUUUCGCGCCGAGAAGCUCUUCCCCGGGCCCCACUUGUUCGCCGGCGCGGCCAUCGUGGUGCUGUGGGCGAUCUCUGCGGCCUUGGUGCCCUUCAUGGAGAAAGGAAAUGACGGGGCACGCAAUGCUCACAUUGCACUGAACGGUGUCAACGUUCUACUCUUUGCCUGGCAGCUACCAACCGGCUUUGAAAUUGCACAGAAGGUGUGGGGACUUGACAUUGCGUGGUUCUGA